AUGCCCUGGCGGCCGCUGCCUCGCAUCGCAUUUGCGGUAGCCAUUUACCCAUUUCACCCUGCCUCCCCGGCCGACUUGCCUCUGGAGCUCGGCGAUGAGCUCUACAUCAUCGAACAGGGUGGGGCAGAUGGAGAAUGGUGUCGAGGGUACCUCGUGGCGCCGCCCUCAUUGUUGGCGGGAUUGACCAGUACAAAGGGCCAAACAUUAGAGGCCCGUGUAUUCUCGGGCAUCUUUCCUCGAAACUGCGUCGAAAUCCGAGAAGUGUUGGGGGACAAUGAUGGCUACAAGGCGUUGCUCAAUGGCGAUCGAACAAGUCUGGGUCUCGACCUACCUGCAGAAUCUCCGGGCUGCUCAGGCCUGGGGACCGACCUGAUGUCGCGGGGCAGUAUGGCCUAUUCGAUCCCCGAGUCUCAGGCGGGCGGCGAAGUGACGGAAGUGAUGGUGGCAAAGAAGGGCAAACCCGCGCAGAUUGUCAUUCGCAAGCUAGACGACGCUGACCUCUCCAAUCCGUCCUCGGCGCAGACCUAUCGUGCCGCCUCCAUCCCCCAUACGCCCGUCACUUUUGCGCCGCGCGACCCGGCCGCCCCGAAACCUCCCGCCCCGGUGCCUAUGCUCAAGAUUGGGGACGAGACCCCUACGUCCCUGGCCGAGCCCUUGGUGGACGAAAUUGCGUCCUGUUUGCGCGAAUGGCAUUCGACCAACUUACACGAGCUGCUGCUGGCUCGCCAGUACAAUGUGCUGGGGGAAAUGUCCACGAUCGUUUCAGAAUUGGACCUUGCCCGGCGGCAAUUGCUGCACAAUGUCUUGACCGGGAAGGAGAAGGAGGCUCUUCGUGACCAGACAGUAUGGAAGCUCGUGAAAGCGAACAAAAUGCUGAGCGGCGACACGAUUGUACGAGACCCCAGUCAGCGUGGUCGCCUGUUGACGGGGGACGAUUCCGCCAUUCAACUGGCCAAGCUACAAUCCGAGAUGAGCAUGCUUGAAAGUAGCCCGGUUGCCACUUCCGAUUCUACAGCUCUCAACCAUCUUUUACUGGAGGUCAACGCAGUCUCGGCACCGCCCCGGGCCCGUCUCCUGGGCAUUCAACUGUAUUCUCGGUCCGACUCGGGCUCCUUGAAUCCCAUGUCGGAAACCUACAGCCUCGAUAUCCCGUCACCGGAUAAAUUCGUGAGCUUAACGCAGAGUAACAAAUUGAAGACCAUAUUCACCGAACUUGCGGGCACCGAUAUUGGAGACGGAACUGCCAACGGUCGUCAGCUUUACGUCGUGGUUGCGGUGCGUGCGGUCGAAUCUCGAACGGGGCCCGAGAACACCGCCGUUCCCAGAUCAUCGAUCUCGCGCGAUGGCGCUGCUAUUAACAGAACGGCCGCCACCGGCGGGGUACAGCCCUCCGUCAAAGGCAGCCUGCGGACGCGGCGCAGCAUGAUGUGGACCUCCAAAUCUCGGAAUGCAUCGAACCACGAUCAAACGCCCAAAUCGGCUUCGUCGGGGCCCCCUCGCUCAUCAAGUAGCUCGACUGCCCCCAAGGAACCCAGUCCUGCGCAGUCUUCCCACAAGAAGGAAAGCUCGGCCAUUCGAACCGUUGGGGUGGGUAUCUUGGAAGUCUCCUCGGUGUUCCGCCAAGAUCGAGAUGCAGAGUCCAUCAUCAAUCUCUGGACUCCCGUCCGUGAAGGCGAGGACGGGGACGAAAAUCCCGAUGGAUUUGGAAAGCUUCUUCAUCACUUCCUCCCGAGUUUGACAGGUCGAUAUACACGAGCCGAUACCGCGCGUCUUCAUGUUCACUUGCGUUCGUUCACGAGCACCGACCCCGAGAUCUUGGUGCGCCAGAACCCCACCGUUCUCCAGGACAUCGUGCAGACCCGUCGCAUUGGAUUCUCCAAAGCCCCCACGAAACCACGAUCCGAUAUUUAUGUGACGAUCUCGGAAGCUGUAUUUCCAACGGACGCACUUCUUUCCCACCCAUCCGCAGGCCAGAUUCCUCUGCAGUCGACCACGGACCUCCGCAACCUUCAGCUGACGCUCGAAGUCCGCGACUCGUCGGGUGCUCGAGUGGACAAAUGCGUGUUUCCUUCAUCAGCGAGCGUUUCACACACUGCGUGGCGGACCACGAUCGCCGAGAGGGGGGCCCCGUGGCACCAAACCAUCCGCCUCAACAUACCCGCAGAGAAGAUCCCGGGUUCGCAUGUCAUCAUGAGCGUGGCGGAUGCCCCGGAAUUUCCCUUCGCGCUGGCGUGGAUGCCGCUCUGGGACCAGCAAGCGUUCAUCCGGGACGGCCAGCACUCCUUGCUCCUUCAUGCCUACGACAAGCAGACGUCGAGCAUGGAGAAUGGCCGGGGCGCUUACCUGAACCUUCCGUGGAGUGCGCUGGGUAAAAAUGAGUCGGCCAAGGACGAAGCGCUUACUGGACCUCUCUCAACGCUGCGUCUGCAGACACACCUUUGCAGCACGCAGUACUCCCAGGAUCAAGUCAUUCUCAGCUUACUCAAUUGGAAAGAGCGCUCCGUUGAUGAGGUUCUCGAUACGUUGAAGCGCUUGCCUUUUGUUCCUGAGAUAGAAAUCGUCAAGCAAGUGCGUGGAGUAUUUGACGCGCUCUUUGGCAUCUUGGUUGAGAACGCUGGUAAUGAAGAGUACGAAGACUUGAUCUUUAGGAACCUCGUCACGGUCCUAGGUAUCGUUCAUGACCGACGCUUCAACCUGGGCCCUCUCGUCGAUCAUUACGCCGAUGAGCAAUUCAACUUCCCUUUUGUCACCACCUGCUUGAUCCGGAGCUAUCUUCGCCUUCUGCAAGCUGCCACCGAUGUUCACCAGUCCCGCAACCUUCGAGCUGCCUUCAAGGUUGGGCGACACCUGCUCAAAUUCAUCAUCAAAGCACGUGAGCAGCAAAAGGCCAAAGAAGAAGGAAUCGGGAUCACUUCGGUCCAGUCCACCAUCAACCGCGAUCUCCAUACAAUCUUCAAGUCGAUGGAGAAACUCAUGCGACACUCAUCCGCAAGUCUGGUGGGGAGUAAGACUCUGAUCGUGCAGCAUUUCCACUCUUGGCUACCCGAGCUGUCCAAGGUGCUUGGCCGGGAUGAAAUGAUCAUGAUCGCCUUGAGUUUUAUGGAUUCCUGCAAGGACGUGACCGGAAUGUUGGUUCUCUACAAGCUCGUGCUGAUACAGAACUUUACUCAAUUCGAGAUCUUUGCCUCGGGUGAGGAGAGGAAUACGCUCAUUUCGAGCUGUCUGGGCUGGCUGGCUCCUUAUUGGGGCUCGACGACCAAUGUGUCUGAUCAGUAUCGGGAUCAGGUCCGCCUCAGCAGUGCAAUUGUUGCUCAGUUACUGGCGCAGCCGCAUCCCCUGCUCUACCAAUUCAUGCCAAGCAUUGUCGCUUCCUAUUGUGCCAUAUCCGCCGAGGGCGUGGAAGAAACGGAGUACUUGUCUUUGCUUUUCAGCAAGUCUUUCCCCUUCCAGAUCAAGGUCUCCAAAUCACCCCAGCGAUUUGAUGAGGCCUUGGUUGAACUGUCUGCCAUAAUGGGCGCAUUAUCGAUGAUCUUCUCACCAAAAUAUCCCAAUCUCAAAGAGCUUGAGUUGGCCACGUUCAUUGGGCAGGCCCUUGAGACGCACAACUCCAUCAUCGACUGCGAGGCUUACCCGGAGACCUGGUUCAGUAUUCACGUAUACAACCACCGUGCCGCCAUCAAGAGCUUAGAACACCUUGCACUCCUUUUGAUGGACCGCUUGCUCCCCGAUGCGGAUGAUGCCGACGAAUUUGACACAAGAUUGUGGGAAAUGUUCUUCGCCACCCUCCUGAAGGUGAUCUCCAGCGAAGCUUUGGCCCUCGAGACCUUCCCGGAGCAGAAGCGCCGCGCUGUAUGGAAGAUCGCUGGCGACGUUCGAGAGCAAGGUGCUGAUCUUUUACACACCACGUGGGAAGCGAUCGGAUGGGAAACCACCGAUGAGGAGCGAGCAAGAUUCGGGCUGAAGAGACUUGGAGGGUAUCAGGUUCAAUAUGUGCCGAACCUUGUGCCUCCUAUCAUUGGGCUGUGUCUGAGCGUCCACGAAGGCCUUCGGCACGUUGCCGUCUACAUUCUGCGGACCAUGAUUCUCAGCGAAUGGGAUCUGAACCAGGACAUUUCCAUCAUCGAGACCGAGAUCAUUUCCAGUCUUGACUCUCUCUUCAAAACCAAGCAGAUGGGUGAGAGCGUCAGCCAGAAAAUCUUCAUUAGUGAAUUGCUAGCCCUUUUCGAGGACGAUGCGGGCGCCGAUGAGGAUCUUCUCGCAGCUGUAAAGGGGUUGAUUUCCACCAUUGAUGAACUCCUUGACCUCCUCGUGGCAUCACAGAGCAGCCUUUCGACCCAGAGCCUGCACGCCCUCAAGCUGAUGGAAUAUAUGAAAGAUAUGGGCCGUGAGGACAUCUUCAUACGUUAUGUCCACGAACUUGCGGACCACCAGGCUGCUUGUGAAAACUUCGCUGAGGCGGGCUUGGCACUUCAGUUUCACGCAGACUUGUAUGAAUGGGAUAUGAAUCGACUCCUUCCUGAAAUCAUCACACCAGCCUUCCCACCACAGACCGCGUUCGAGCGAAAAGAAUCCUUGUACUUUGCGAUGAUCCAGCACUACGAGACCGCUAUGGCGUGGGCCCCCGCCCUGGCCUGCUAUAAAGAACUGGCCGCCCAUUAUGAAAGUACAACGAUGGAUUUUGCCAAGUUGUCCCGAGCACAGAACUCCAUGGCCCGAAUCUAUGACUCCAUUGCCAAGGGAAUCAAACAGUUUCCAAGAUAUUUCCGCGUGGUGUACAAGGGUCUGGGGUUUCCGGCCAGCUUGCGCGACAAGGAAUUCAUCUUCGAAGGUGCCCCAACCGAACGUAUGGCCGCGUUUGUGGAUCGGAUGCAGCGCGAGCAUCCCGCCGCGCAAGUCAUGUCGUCUGGUGAGAUUCCCGAUUACGAAGGUCAGUUCUUGCAGAUCAGUGGAGUGACUGCCCAUCGUGACAUCUCCCAUCCCGUGUACCUUCGUGCCAAGGUUCCAGGUUCGGUGAGGGAAUACCUGCUCGUCUCCGAACCAUGUCACUUUUCAGUCACGUCCCGGCGACACACCAGCAGCUCAGACGUGCGCGAGCAAUACGUUGAAAAAAUGUUCUUCACCACGGCCGAGCCGUUUCCCAAUAUUCUUCGUCGUAGUGAGGUCGUUUCCAUCAAAGAGGUGGCACUCACUCCCUUGCAAACCGCCAUCGAGCGCACGUGGCGCAAGACGCAAGAACUGCAGCUCCUCGAACGUCGAGCAGCCUCGGGUGAGGACAAUGGCUUGUUGAAUUUGACUGAGGCGCUGGAGCAGCUCUUGGAGAUCCGACCUUCCCCUUCGAACUGCGUUGCAGUGUACCGUGCCUUCCUCAGUGCCCCCCGCGACACCAAGGACUCCGAGUUGGACGACACGGCUGCGGUGGACGCUAGCGGCGCGGAGAUCGAUGACCAAGAAGUACUCGAGACCGUCGACCCCAUGGAAAAUGCUCUGGCGGUUGCUCUGGUUGAUCACGCGCUGGCUAUCAAGCACGCACUGUCUCUCUAUCAGCGUCCGGCGCAGCAAGCCACCCAGGCGGAACUCUUCCGCCGAUUUGAGGUGGCUUUUGCGCCCGAGCUGGCAUCCCUGUCGACCAGUCAACCGGAGCCGCCGUCAGUGACGCCUACUCAGCCUACUCGUCGGACACCAUCCGGCGAGAUGCGCCGAAGACAAGCUGCGCAGAAAUCCCUCAGCCCGGAACAGGAGCUCGUUCGGACCUCCCGAAAUGGCACACACAACCGCAAGCGCUCCGAACGCCAAUCUGUCAGCCAUCGCAUUAGUAUUAUGAAUCCCUUCAAACGAUCUCACGGGCCUAACAAUUCUAUAUUCACUCUUCAACAGUCCCCCGAGAAGACUCAGAACGGCCACGGUGGUCCCACUGGUCGCGACGAGCCUGAAGAAGCCACCGAGGACGACGCGGCCACUGUCCAUAGUCGGGCCACGAGCCAUUCUCGUGGCGCCAAGAGCGAGAAACGACGCAGCUGGUUCUCUGGCGACAAGAUCAAGCACGGCUCAUCUCUGUCACUGGCAGCCGCUGGCGCGGCCUCCGUCGCAACAGUGGAGGAAGCUCCCAGGCAGACUCUGAAGAAACAUGCUUCACGCAGUACCUCUCGCGAGAACGUCGCGCAGUCGCAUGAUGAGCGAAGUCGUGCGAGCUCGCAACACCGCCGGCCUGCAGCCUUGGAGCGCCCCGCCCCCGCCUCGACGGGAGGAUGGUCGACGAUUCCACCUGCCCGGGACUAUUCACGGCCUGUGACCCGAGACAGCGCACACACUGGCCGGGACUUGACUCCCAGCGUGACGGGGACGAGCCGAGCACCUCUGUCGGUGCAGUCGGCUCACAGUCCCACCAGCUCGAGCGGUGGCCGCGACUCGGUCUUUCGACGGUUCAGUCUCCUGAAGGGCGUUGGUCGGAAAACCAGCCGGAUGGACUUUCAAGCCCACGGUGCCUUGGCCGAGGAGUGA